AUGGGUGCCGGUGGAAGAAUGUCCGCACCCCCUACCCGUAAGAACGCUGAAACCGACGACCUCAAGCGAGUGCCAUUCUCAAAACCUCCAUUCAGUGUCGGCCAGAUCAAGAAAGCCAUCCCACCUCAUUGCUUUCAGCGCUCUGUUAUCCGCUCCUUCUCCUAUGUCUUUUAUGACCUUACCAUUGCCUUUCUCCUGUACUACAUUGCUUCCAAUUACAUCCAGCCUCUCUCUCAACCUCUCUCUUUCUUGGCGUGGCCAGUUUACUGGUUCGUUCAGGGCUGUGUCCUGACUGGUGUUUGGGUGAUAGCGCAUGAGUGUGGUCACCAUGCUUUUAGUGAUUAUCAAUGGCUGGAUGACACAGUUGGUCUAAUCCUUCACUCUGCCCUCCUUGUGCCUUAUUUUUCUUGGAAGUAUAGCCAUCGCCGUCACCACUCUAACACAGGUUCCAUCGAGCGAGAUGAGGUAUUUGUCCCCAAGCAGAAGUCUGCUAUUGGAUGGUACUCCAAAUAUCUAAACAACCCACCGGGCAGGUUCCUUACACUCACCAUCCAACUCACUCUAGGCUGGCCUCUGUAUCUGGCUUUCAAUGUUUCAGGGAGGCACUAUGAAGGCUUUGCCUGCCACUACCAUCCAUAUGGCCCCAUCUUCUCUGAUCGUGAACGAUUGCAGAUUUUCCUUUCUGACGCCGGUGUUCUUGCAGUUGUAUAUGGGCUAUACCGUCUUGCUGUGGCAAAAGGGCUUGCUUGGGUUGUAUGCUAUUAUGGAGGACCUUUGAUGGUGGUGAAUGGAUUUUUGGUGCUGAUCACGUACUUGCAGCACACACACCCUUCAUUGCCACACUACGAUUCCUCCGAAUGGGACUGGUUGAGAGGAGCUUUGGCAACAGUUGACAGAGAUUACGGCAUCCUGAACAAGGUUUUCCACAACAUCACAGACACUCAUGUUGCUCACCAUUUGUUCUCAACCAUGCCACAUUACCAUGCAAUGGAGGCCACCAAAGCUAUCAAGCCGAUUUUGGGCGAUUACUAUCAGUUGGACAGGACGCCGGUUUUCAAGGCAAUGUUCAGGGAGGCGAAGGAGUGUAUUUAUAUUCAGCGAGAUGAGGGUGACCAGAAAGGUGUCUUCUGGUACAAUAAUAAGUUAUGA